UGAGGAUAUGAGCAUUUAAGCACAGAGGAACCAAGCAGAGAAGUGUCUGGAUUCUGGUGUGUUGCUCUGCAGCUGAGGGAAGAUGAGCAACAAGGGGAAAGGGACUGCUUCCCCAGCAGCUGAGGAGCUGGUCCUGCGGACGCUGAAAGAUCUGGCAGACAAUGAGCUGAAAGAGUUUAAGUGGUAUUUGCAGAAGCCGGAGGCUUUGGGAGGCUUCCCAAUAAUUCCAAAGAGCCGGAUCGACAAAGCAGAUCGGACGGACACAGUGGAUCAGAUGCUGCAGACCUACUGUGAAAAUAUUCUGGUGGUGACCAAAAGGCUUUUAAGGAAGCUUGAUCGUAACGACCUGGUGAGGGUUCUGACCGGCCAAGAUGGCGAGCCCAUAUCAGAGGGUUUUGCUGAUUGCCAGUCAAGUUUCAAGGAGAGCCUUAUCAGAAAGCUGCAGGGUGCAAUGGAACAAACCAAAAAGGUUGGAAAAUCUAAGGCACAAGAGGAAAUCUAUGUAGAAAUGGAGCUGACAAUAAAAGAGGACAAAGUAUUCAGCAAAGAACACGAGAUCAGGCAGAUCGAAUCAGCAUCCAGGAAAACAGCCAACUCACAGAAAAGCAUUCGAAUUGAUGACAUCUUUAAAGGCCCCCCUGGUAAAUCAGUAAAGAAGGUCCUGACGACUGGAGUGGCCGGCGUUGGGAAAACGGUCCUAACGCAGAAGUUCACACUAAACUGGGCCGAGGACAACGCCAACCAGGACUUCCACUUCAUCUUUCCAUUCAGCUUCAAAGAGCUAAAUGCAGUGAAAGACAAAAAGUUCAGUCUGGUUGAACUAGUUCAUCAUUUCUUCUCUGAAAUCAAAGAGGCAGAUAUCCCAAAGUUUGAGGAGCUCCGGGUUGUUUUCAUCCUCGAUGGUCUGGAUGAGAGCCGACUUCCUCUGGACUUCCGUCUCAACAAGAAGGUCAGUCAGACCAAAGAUUCUGCGUCAGUGGAUGCGCUGCUGACGAGCCUCAUCAGAGGAACCCUGCUUCCCUCUGCCCACAUCUGGAUAACCACACGACCCGCAGCUGCCAGUCAGAUCCCAUCGGACUGUGUUGAGCUGGUGACAGAGGUCACAGGCUUCAACAACGCCCAGAAGCUGCAGUACUUCAGGAAGAAGUGUGGAGAUGAAAAGCUGGUAGCCAAAAUUAUGCCUUACAUCAAUGCAUCCCAAAGCCUGAAAACCUUGUGCCACUUGCCAGUCUGCUGUUGGAUCACCGCUACGGUUGUGGAAGACCUGCAGAAAAGCCAAGGGAAAGAAGAACUCCCAAAGACUCUGACUGAGCUCUACAUCAACUUCCUGCUGGUUCAGUUCAAACAGAAGGCCGUGACCGAGGCAGAGCCGCAGUGGAAUCAGUCGUGCAAGGACAAGAUCCUCACUUUGGGAAAACUGGCGUUUGAGCAGCUGCAAAGAGGCAACCUCGUAUUUUACGAACCGGAGCUUAAAGCUUCUGGUAUCAACGUUAAAUCAGUGUCAGUUUUCACAGGUAUAUUCCCUGAGAUCUUUAAAGAAGAAGGUGAAAAUAACCAGGACAAGGUGUGCCGCUUCACCCACCUGAGCGUCCAGGAGUUCCUCGCCGCUCUCUAUGUUCAUCUCACUUUCAUCAACUCUCAGGUCAACGUGCUCGGCGAAACACAGUCUUCUUGGAUGGGCAUGCUUGCGAGAGGUAAAACUAAUCCCCAGCACACUGCUGUGGAUAAAGCCCUGCAGAGGCCAAGCGGAGACCUGGACAUGUUUCUGCGUUUCCUCCUGGGGCUUUUGCUGCCAUCCAGCCAGAGUCUGUUAAAAGGCCUGGUUAAACAGAACGAGAACAACAGCCAGGCCACCGAGGAGGCAGCCAGGUACGUCAAGGAGAAGCUCGAUGCGGAUCUCUCCACAGAACAGAGCUUCAAUCUGCUCCACUGCCUGAACGAACUCAAUGAUAAUUCUCUGGUGGAGGAGAUCCAAAGGCUCAUGGGUUCUGGGCAUCUCUCUGUGGAUCAUUUGUCUCCUGCUCGGUGGUCUGCCUUGGUCUUCCUCUUGCUGGCAGAAAAAGAAAACGACUCGUUUGACCUGAAAAGCUACGGCUCUUCAGAGGAGGCUUUUAUGCGGCUGCUUCCGGUGGUGAAAACUGCCAAAAGAGUUUGCUUGAGCGCGUGCGAACUGUCAGAGAAAGGCGUCGCAGUUCUGUCUUCAAUCCUCAGCUCCAAGGGCUCCAUUCUGAAAGAGCUGGACCUGAGCUACAACAACCUGGGCGAUUCAGGAGUAACCCAACUGGCCAUUGGCCUGGAGAGUCCAAACUGUUCGCUUGAGACGCUCAGACUGAUCGGUUGCAAGCUGUCAUGGAAAUCUUGUGACACUCUGGCUACAAGUAUCAGCUCCCACGCUUGUCUCAGAGUGCUGGACGUAAGCAACAAUGAUCUGACCGAUUCAGGAGUGCAGAACAUAUGUGGUGGGCUGGAAAACCCGCAGUGCAAACUGGAAUCUCUCAGGCUCUCUGGCUGCCAGAUUACCGUGGAAGGCUGCCGCUUCCUGGCCACCGCCCUGCACACAAACCCCAGACAUUUGAAAGAGCUCGACCUGAGCUACAACGACCCCGGAGACCAAGGAGUCACUCUGCUGACCAGUGGCGUGAAGCACAAACAGUGCCGACUGGAAACGCUCAAAGUGGAGAACUGUGGAGAACAGAGGCUGAAGUCGGGUCUGAAAAAGUACGCCUGCGAGCUUGAGUUUGACCCGAACACGGCCCACAGAAACCUCCAACUGUCCGAGGACAACAAGAAGGUGACCGUGGUGAGGGAGGAGCAACCGUAUCCGGAUCACCCAGACCGCUUCGACCACUGCUGCUGGCAGCUGCUCUGCAAAAAUGGUCUGACGGGUCGCAGCUACUGGGAGGUGAAGAGGGAAGGACCUGUGAUCAUAGCCGUGAGCUACAAGCGGAUCAGCAGGAAGGGACCCACGGCCGACUGCAGGCUGGGCUGGAACGAUCAGUGCUGGAGUCUCAUCUGCAGCGACAAGCAAUUUACCUUCUGGCACAACAAGAAGGAAACGGUCCACACGCUGCUGUACUCCUCCAUGUCCAGCAGGAUAGGCGUUUAUGUGGACGUCCCUGCGGGAAUCGUGUCGUUCUACAGCGUCGCCUCGGACGAACUGCACCACCUGCACACCUUCCAGGCCACGUUCACGGCCCCGGUCUACCCGUCGUUUGGCUUUGGGUUCGGGUGCUGGGCCUACGGUUCCUCCGUGUCUCUGUGUGAGGUGUAGAUGGAGACUGAAAGGCUGGAAUGAUGUAAAGCAAUAUCUCAGUCUGUCUCAUUACAUAUUUGUUGUUCUUUCUGGUGAGUUAAAUUCAGUUAAAACUAUUUUUUUUUUUGUAUUGUGUUCCUUUUCAAGUGGAGUUUACUUACUGAAGAUGCUAAAUUAGUUAAGCAGAUCAAACUGUCUGGGGUGGUGAAGGUUCUUUCAGGCUUAAAAAGUUUUCUUCAUUGAAUCCAAAUAUUUGUAGUUUGCCUCUCAAAUGAUUUUCAUUCUCUGGACAAAGUUAUUCAGACGAAGUUAAGCAGACAAACUAGUGAUGCUUGUAUAUUUUUUGUAGUU